GGAUAGAGGGCAUUCAUAUGUAACAUUACUAUCUUAUAAUUAAAGUUAAAAUUUUUAUUUGACUUUAUCUCUCUACAUAAUUAUCAAUAGAUAUCAAAAUUUAGUUAAUUUAAUAAUUUUUCAGUUUUUUUUAAUAAAUUUUAAUUCUCAAGUUCAUAUUUCAGUACAAAAUGUUUGCCAGUCUUAAAGAAAAAGUUACCAGAUUUAUGCAGUUACCUUUUUUUACUGUAAAGGCAGAUGAUGAAGAAUUGGUUGAUCCAGCUAAAGUGUUAAGAGAAAAAUGUGAACAAGAAAAAGAAGCUCAAGAAAGAUUUGCCAAAUUACAAGAAUGUAAUAGUAGAGUUCUUUCUAAGAAAGAAACUACAGAGUCAUGUGCUGAAGAAUUAUGGGAUUUCUUAGAAGUUGUGGAUAAAUGUAUAUCAAAAGAUUUGUUUAAACAUUUGAAGUAAUUUUAAUCUGGUGUGCUUUAUGCCAAUAUUGGCAGUAUAUAAACCACAUAGCUUAGGUUUUGCCAUGCAGUUUCUUGAUUUUUGAACAACAUUAGUAAUUUAAUUGUUAAAUUAUNCAUGCAGUUUCUUGAUUUUUGAACAACAUUAGUAAUUUAAUUGUUAAAUUAUGUAAUAAAAACGAAGUCAAAGUUAA